AUGGCGCCGACAACACAAAAGCACACCAAAAAGCGAGUCGCUCCUGCCCAGAGUGGCCCCAAGACUAAAAAGCCUCAUCUCGAGAAGCCGCCGGCACCCGCGAAAAAACGCAGUCGCCCUGUCACUGUCGUUCCUCAAGACAGCGAUGGAGAGAGCUCCGACGACGGUUCGGAGGGAGGUUCUGCGGGCGACGCAGAGGAAGGCGGUAUGGAUGAAGACGCCAAGGAUGCGGUGAUGGACGGGGACGCUCCGUCUGCCCCAGCAAAGGAUCCCAAUGCUGCCCGCGAAUCUCAUAAAGCGCAACGCGUUCUGCUCGACCAACGAAAAGCCGCCAAGCCGCACUCUGCCCUGCUCGUGGAAGCCAAGCAAGCUUGGACGCUCGCGAGGCAGAAAAACCUCUCCAAGCAGGACCGCACAAAACACAUCAACGCGCUCAUGGACAUCAUCCGUGGAAAGGUAAAGGACAUCGUGUUCAAGCACGACGCGAGCCGCAUUGUGCAGACGGUCGUCAAGUGGGGCGGGCAGAAGGAACGGAACGAGAUCGCAGAGGAACUGAAGGGCAGGUACAAGGAGCUCGCCCAGAGCAAGUACUCCAAGUUCCUCAUCACCAAGCUCAUUCGCUUCUGCCCCACCUAUCGCCCCGCCAUCCUCCGCGAGUUCCAAGGUCACGCUCUCCGCAUGAUUCUCCACCGUGAAGCUUCGAGCGUUCUCGCCGAUGCCUUCGAGCUGUAUGCGAAUGCGUACGAACGCUCGCUUCUUGUUCGCGAUUUCUACGGCAAAGAAGCGAACCUCUUCACCGUCACCGCAGGCAGCGACGAGGAGAAGGAGCGGUCGAAGCGGGGGCUGAAGGGUCUCAUCGAGGGGCUGGAAGGAGAAAGGAGAAAGCGCGUACUAUCUGCGUUGAAAGACAAUCUGACAACAAUCUUCAACAACUCGGACAAAGGCGCGAUUUCUCACGCGUUGGUUCACCGCGCGCUAUGGGAGUACCUCUCGGCGGUAGCUGCCCUUGACGAUGAGGCGGAAGCGGAAAAGCUGCGGAGAGAGAUGUUCGAAAUAUGCCAGGAGGUCCUCGCGGAGAUGGUGCACACAAGAGACGGUAGCCGCUGUGUCCGGGAGUUCAUCGCGUGGGGUACCGCGAAAGACAGGAAACAAGUCGUCAAGGCGAUCAAGCCGCAUAUCGAGCGCAUGUGCAAAGAUGACGAGGCGCAGCUUGUAUUGUUCACAUGCCUAGACGUCAUCGACGACACCAAAUUGACAGCCAAGUCACUAGUGGCGGACGUGGUGGCCGCGGCGCCUUCAAUAUACACCACGGCGCAAGGGCGGCGUUCGAUCAUCUAUCUUGUUGCUCCGCGCACUCGCCGUCAUUUCACCCCUGCCCAGAUCGUCACCCUGGCCGAAACCGACCCCGUUAGGGCGAAAACGAGCAAAAAGGACGACGACGUGCGCGUUGCAGAGAUCCGCAAGGCGGCUAGUGAAGGCCUCCUCAGCUGGAUAGCCGAGAGCGGCCACGACAUCUCGAGGGAACCCGGCGGCAGCCUCGUCGUUUGUGAGAUUAUGCUAGACGGUGAUGGUGACAAGUCCGCUGCGUCAGACAAACUUCUUGCCUCCCUCGCUGCUCCCUACCCAUCCGAGGACCCCUCCUCCCCGCACCCCAUCUCCCUCCCGCACACCUCGCGCCUCUACAAGACCCUCCUCCAGGGCGGCCACUUCUCGCAGUCCGCGCGCGCCGUCGAGCCCUCACCGCGCUUCUCCGGCCACGACUUCGCCGUGCGCUUCGUGCAACAAGUCGGCGAGGACGUCACCGUCGCGAUGGCCAAGGGCGAUGGCGCGUUCGUCGUCGCCGCGCUCUGCGAGCAGCUCGCGUCGGAAGAGUCUCCCGAACGCAAAACUGUCAAGGCCUGGUUCGACGCCGAGGUGUGCAAGGCUGUCGAGCAGGCAGGCGGGAAGGGCGUGGCGGUGCUCGUCGAGAGCUUGAAGAAGCUGUAA